AUGCCGCCCCGCUCCGGUCGCCGCCUCGCCGCCCACUGGCACUGGGUCGUCGACGCCCUCGCCGGCGACGAGGCCCUCGACUUCUCCCUCAUCCAAGCGCUGGUGGGCGCCUCGCCGGAGCCCCUCGCGGGCGCGCCGGAGGCAACGCGGGAGAGGUUCGCGCUCCGAUGCCUGCGGGAGGUCGCCUCCGUCGCCGCCCAGGGCGAGGUCCCGGUUGCUGCGGCGGCGGCGGCGGCGGGGGGCGGGACGAUGCUUAGGGUUGAUGCCACCCGCUCCUGCGAGGAGUUGCUGCUCGAGCUACUCGGACAGGUUGGUAGUUCAGGAAGCUUGGAGAAAGAUAUGGUUCUGCCUUUUAUCAAGGAUAUCCAAAAGUUUAUAUGUACCAAAACACCGGCUUUACCAGAAACUUCUUUUGAGUUGCUUAGAGAAGUGAACCCAGAGAUCGCAUCUAUGGUCCCACCGUCCCCAAUGGAGCAGGGUGGCAAGAACAAUGACAAUGACCGGUCGUUCUGCAGCAUCAACCCUGAUCAUGUAAAUACAGAGAGGCAUGGGUGCCAUACAGAUAGUUCUGAUUUUCAGCGACAGAAGGAUCCUAUGGAGCGAACUCCAGAUUUGCAUGAACCAUCUAGGCUGCACAAUAGGUGUUACGAUCGCCCUCAAGAAGAUACCAUUGGUGCCAUUGGUGUCAGUGUCAGAUCCGCACAAACGAGUCCUAGUAAAGAUAGUAGAAACAUGUCCAUUGCAACUGAGCCUGCUUCAGCUAGCUGCAGUGGUGCUUUGGUCCGAAGUAAUACUGAACUUAUGUCAAAGCAGGAUGCGGUGGAGACUACCAUGUCCCAAGAAAAGAGUCCAACUACCAUUCUUCAACGAGAAUCCUGUGGAGACAAGUACAGAAAUCCAUGCCGCGAUAAUGAUGGAGAGAGACCACAUGGUCAUGACACCAGCAUUCAUUUAUCAAAGAAACUCAGUCAUGAAGGAUUGAUCAUGCAGGCUAUGGUGGCUCUAGAUUCUGAGAGAGCUGAUGCUUUACGGACAAAUAUAUCUGAAACAAAUCACUUGCCUGAGUUUGUUUCUGCAGAUGUUACAGGCAUGAUGACAGAAUUACAUGGCAGAAAAACUCAAAGGAAUUCACCACAACAUGACAGUGGCGAGACAGCAGUUCAAGUUAUGGAUGAUGGUAGUGCCAGGAUUCAGCCAGUGGAAAAGGAUCCUGGUCAUAAUGAACUGAAUCUGCAAACUGCUGGUGUUUUACCUUCUGUAAGCUGCAACAGGGCUGUUCAAGGAGAUAAAUCUGAAACCAACCUUCAACAAGAGAAUGCUACAGGGCAUUCUAAAAUAUUUGAGGAGAAGAAUGGCGAUAAGGCUCAUCUCGAGGUCAGUUGUGCUGACAAAGCUAAUCCAGCACUACUUGAUGAUGUCAGCAUCUUGGAAAAUAAUACAUCCGGUGGUAGGCAGACUGCUCUAGAUUCUCCUUGCUGCAAUGUGCCGUCCUCUAGUCAGGAUAAAGAUGCCAAUCGUGCCAUCAAGGGCCUUACGGAGCAAGAUUUGUGCAUAAAAUGUGGUAAAGAUGGACAGUUGCUGAAAUGUAGCAGCUGCUCAUUAGCCGCCCAUGAUGGCUGUUUUGGUUCACCAGUGACUUUUGAUGCUUCUGGCCAGUUUCAUUGCCCUGUAUGCUUCUAUACUAAAGCUACCGAAGCAUAUCAAAAGGCUAAAAAAGCAUAUUUGGAAGCUAGGAAGAACCUAUCUGCUUUCCUUGGCACAAAGCAAUUCCCAAAGCUACAUGAACAAUCUACUGUAAAACAACAAACAGCUACCAACAACAAGGAUCACUUGAAUGAGUGUAAUACAUCCAAAAGGCAAGGUAACCAUCAAUCUGAAGCGGAUAAUCUUUCUCAUAUGGACGAAGAACCUAGUCAGCAGAGGAAUAAGCAGAGAACUAAUGAUACAAGUGUUGCGUGUCCUGAGGAUCAGUUGAAUGGGUGUAAUACAUUCGAAAGGCAAGGUAACCAUCAGUCUGAAGCUGACAACCUUUCUCAUAAGGAUGAAGAACCUGGUGAGCAGAGGAAGAAGCAGAAAACAAAUGAUACAAGUGAUGCAUGUCCCAAGGAGGAUCAGUUGAAUGGGUGUAAUACUUCCGAAAGGCAAGGUAACAAUAAGUCUGAUGCAUAUAACCUUUCUCAUAAGGAUCUAGAACCUGGUCAGCAGAGGAAGAAGCAGAAGACAAAUGCGACAAGUGAUGCUUGUCGUGAGGAGGUAGUCACUGAAAAGGCAUCUUUUGGUCUGAAUUCUAAUAUUGCACCAAAUAAAGAUUCUGUACUCCAAAAUAAAAGAAAACAAGUUCAUGUUACAGAGCAUGAGCAGUCUGUGGAAAAUGCAGAAGCCCAUGAAGAUGGUAACGGCAAUUCAUUUUGUGAACCGCAACAUUCAUCUCAGAACAGGUGUAGUCCUGUUGUCAGUCAGAAUGUUGAGGCUGAUAAACAUGUCAGUCUUACAACUUCUCAUGAGUGUGAAAGUUCCGAUGAAAUAGAAGCUACGUCUUCAAAUGAUUCUGGCAAGCAGUCGUCACCCCCUUGGCGAAACAUGAGACACCACAAAGCAAAAUUUCAAGAAAGGGAGACUGUAGUAUCAAAAAAUUCUAAAAAGGCAUUGGGAUGCCAGGAUCAGCACAUGCCUUCACCAUCAAGAAAACGGAAGUGUGCAUAUCCACCCAAGCGUUACUGUAAUUCUCUUGCACCAGCUGGAAGGCGCUCAAAGCUCUGUUGGACAGAAGAAGAAGAGCAAGCUUUGAGGGAUGCAAUGUUAAAAUUCACCCCAAAGGACGAUGGGCUAAUUCCAUGGAUUCAGAUAUUAAAAUAUGGCAGGAAUGUGUUUCACAAGGCACGCCUCCCGAGUGAUCUGAGAGUCAAAUGGAGGAAUAUGAAGAAGAAAUCAGACUCCUAG